AUGUUUAAACCAAAAAUGAUAGAAAAUGAAAAUGAUUUUUGUUGUUCUAAAGGACAUAAGCUACCAGUUCUUACAAUUGCAGUUGAUCCAAAUUUAUCAAGGAAUUAAAGGCUCUUAUGCUCAGAAUGCUUAGAGAACACAGACAUGGAUGCCAAAGUAAUUGGGUUAAAGAAAAUAAUUUCCUUGAUUGAAGAAAAUUAAGUAAAUAAGAUGGAAAAAUUACAAAAUAUCAUAAAUAGCUAAAUAAAUGUUAUUGAAUCAUUACAUUGUGUAGUUGAUCAAAUGAAAUCAAAUGUAAUCCAAAAGUUAAACUAAUUGAUUACUAUUAUUAUUGAAUGGAUUCAGAAUCUAUAAUAACAAAGAUCAUAAUAUUCUCAAUAUAGUUUUUAUGAGGAAUUAGAAAAUAUGCUCUAAAAGGAAAAUAAAACUAAUUCCGGCUAAUAAAUAUUGAUCCAUGAAAUUUAGGAAACCAAUCUCUGUUGGGCUUCCAAAUUUCAUCCUUAAUUAGAACACUUUAAUUAAUUUGGAGAAUAUAAUAAAUGUAGAGAACUAUUAUCAAGUUUAGAAUUAGGAUCUGAUUAAUUAAUUUAGAUUGAAUAAUAAUAAUAAUAAUAAUAGAUCAAUAUUUAAGAGAUAAAAUCAGUGAGUACUUUAAUAAAUAUUCAACCAUCUUAAACUAUAGAAUCUAGUCAUCAAUAUAAUCUCAAUACAUUCAAUUAUUAAUUAAUCUAAGAGUAUUCAAUCUCCUAAUAUGAAUUCUGUUGUGCUAUAGCUGUUGAUAACUAUUGUUCAACUUUGGUGGCUGGAUGUAAUUCAAUUAUUAAAGUAUUUUAAUUCAACUAAGGAAAGAGCAACUAUUAAAUUUUGGAUAAAAAAGAAUGAAUGGUUGUGUUAAUAAACAAUCAUUGAUCAUUCUAAAUCUGUUAAUGGAUUAAGUUUAAAUUAAUAAUAAAAUAGAAUUGUAUCAUGUGGAAUUGAUGAAUUUAUAUUAAUAAUUGAAUAAUCAGGACAGAAUACAGAAUGAAAAGUAUUGUAAAAGAUUACGGUUGAAAAGAAUGGUUGGAGAGUAUGCUUUAUUGAUAAUAAUACUUUCAUGUACUCACCAGGUGGUAAAGAAUAGAUAUCUGUUUUUGAGAUGAAUAUUAAUAAUAAAUAGUUUACAAAGACAAGAGAUAUUCUUAUUUAAAGUGGAAUAGAUUGCAAUCCAAGAUUUCCUUAACAAUAUAUAAAUUCAAAACGUAUUCUAAUGAGUAAGAAUGGGGAAUAUGUCAAUUUAAUAAGAUAAAAACAAAAUGGAGAGUUUUUAACUGAACAAUCUAUUCAUUUUGGAAUUAGUUCUUUAUAUGGAGCAAUGACUGAUGAUGGAGAAUAUUUAAUCACUUGGGAUAGAGCAUCAUAUUAAAUACAAAUUAGAAGAUAUUAAGAAUAAUGA